CGUAAGUGAACGAAAGCACUAUAUAACUACAAAUAUGUUAGUCGUAAAGUGCUGGUUUUAGAGUUCAGGGUUGUGAGUCCAAAUAAAGAAUGACCCUUUUUACUCCAAACCACUCCCUCUCCCUCUCCCUCUACCUCUACCUCUCCCCCUCCCUCCCUUUUUCUUUCUGAUCUUGACUAGAAUUUGAAGCUGGUUAUUCUGCUUCGAAUUUCCCUUCACCCAGAAACGGAGAAGUAAUUUAUCAGUGUGCCACUUCUAUAAAUCUAGGAGUGAAGAAUCAAGAGUAUUCAGAGGAGAAACCAUGGAAACUAAUUCAGUCACCAAGAGCUUCUUCUUUUUCUGCUUUGCGCUGUGUUUGGGUUCUCAGCUGAUACAGUGCAGCGUCACCUACGACAAGAAGGCGAUUGUCAUCAAUGGCCAGAGAAGAAUCCUCAUCUCUGGCUCCAUACAUUACCCCAGAAGCACCCCCGAAAUGUGGGAAGAUCUCGUACAGAAGGCGAAAGAGGGAGGUCUAGAUGUUAUCGAGACCUAUGUUUUCUGGAAUGUCCACGAGCCUUCUCCUGGAAAUUACAAUUUUGAAGGAAGGUAUGACCUAGUUCGGUUCCUCAAGAUCAUCCAGAAAGCAGGGCUCUACGCUCAUCUCCGCAUUGGCCCUUACAUUUGUGCAGAAUGGAAUUUUGGGGGAUUUCCCGUUUGGCUGAAGUAUGUUCCAGGAAUAAGCUUCAGAACAGACAAUGAGCCUUUCAAGAAUGCUAUGCAAGGAUUCACUGAAAAGAUUGUCAAUUUGAUGAAGAGUGAAAAUUUGUUCGAGUCCCAGGGCGGCCCCAUCAUUCUCUCGCAGAUCGAGAAUGAGUAUGGACCGCAAGGUAAGAUUCUUGGAGAUGCUGGCCAUAAGUAUGUGACCUGGGCUGCCAAUAUGGCUGUCGGUUUGGGAACAGGUGUGCCGUGGGUGAUGUGCAAAGAAGAAGAUGCCCCGGAUCCUGUGAUCAACACAUGCAAUGGCUUCUACUGCGAUUCUUUCUCUCCAAACAGACCGUACAAACCUACAAUAUGGACAGAGGCUUGGAGUGGCUGGUUUACUGAGUUUGGUGGCCCCAUUCACGAGCGGCCAGUUCAGGAUUUGGCAUUUGCAGUUGCCCGGUUCAUACAAAAGGGUGGAUCAUUUUUCAACUACUACAUGUACCAUGGAGGGACGAAUUUUGGACGCUCUGCUGGAGGACCCUUCAUCACAACCAGCUAUGACUACGAUGCUCCUCUCGACGAAUAUGGUUUGAUUAGGCAACCCAAAUAUGGUCAUCUAAAGGAGCUCCACAGGGCUAUCAAGCUAUGUGAAGGAGCUUUAGUUUCUGCUGAUCCCAGUGUCACUUCUCUAGGAAGCUUUCAACAGGCUCAUGUAUUCUCUUCAGAGAGUGGACAAUGUGCUGCUUUUCUCUCAAACUAUGACACGAAGUCCACUGCAAGAGUGAUGUUCAAUAACAUGCACUAUAACUUGCCGCCUUGGUCCAUCAGCAUCCUUCCUGAUUGUAGGAAUGUUGUUUUCAAUACUGCCAAAGUUGGAGUACAAACAUUGAAGAUGGAAAUGCUGCCAAGUAACACCGAGCUGUUGUCAUGGGAGACUUAUAGUGAAGACCUAUCUUCUCUGGAUGACAGCUCAACAUUUACUUCUUUUGGUCUCUUGGAGCAGAUAAAUGUCACAAGGGAUGCCAGCGAUUAUCUUUGGUACAAAACUAGUGUUGAUAUCGGUUCAUCUGAAUCAUUCCUACGUGGUGGUGAAUGGCCUACCCUCAUAGUCCAGUCAACGGGCCAUGCUGUACAUGUGUUCAUAAAUGGACAACUUUCAGGCUCCGCCUUUGGGACAAGGGAGAACAGGAGGUUCACAUUUACAGGAAAGGUGAACUUGCAAGCUGGAAGAAACACAAUUGCAUUACUCAGUGUGGCUGUCGGAUUACCUAAUGUUGGAGGACAUUUUGAGACAUGGAACACUGGCAUCCUAGGUCCAGUUGCGCUACAUGGUCUUGACCAGGGGAAAUGGGACUUGUCCUGGGCAAAAUGGACUUACCAGGUCGGGCUAAAAGGAGAGAUCAUGAAUGUUGUCUCUCCUGAUAGUAUUUCCUCGGCUGACUGGAUGCAAGGUUCCUUGAUUGCACAAAAACAGCAGCCAUUAACAUGGCACAGGGUUUAUUUCAAUGCACCUGAUGGAGAUGAGCCACUGGCUUUGGACAUGGGAAGCAUGGGGAAAGGUCAAGUAUGGAUCAAUGGUCAGAGUAUUGGAAGAUAUUGGACAGCAUAUGCUACUGGAAAUUGUGGCGAUUGUAGUUAUUCUGGGACGUUUCGACCUCCAAAAUGCCAACUCGGUUGUGGCCAACCAACUCAACGAUGGUACCAUGUUCCUCGCUCUUGGUUAAAGCCGACACAAAACCUAUUGGUACUUUUUGAGGAACUUGGAGGGGAUCCGACAAGAAUUUCUCUAGUGAAAAGAUCAGUAACCGGUGUUUGUGCCGAUGUUGCUGAAUAUCACCCUAUGAUCAAGAACUGGCACAUCGAAAGCUAUGGGAAGGCAGAAGAGCUUCGUAGACCAAAGGUUCAUCUGAGGUGCGGUCCAGGCCAAUCAAUUUCCUCUAUUAAAUUUGCAAGCUUUGGAACUCCUUUAGGCACUUGUGGGAGCUUCCAGCAAGGAACUUGCCAUGCUCCUACCUCGUAUUCCAUCUUAGAGAAGAAAUGCAUACGGCGGCAGAGGUGCUCAGUGACGAUAUCGAACAGUAACUUUGGGCAAGAUCCAUGUCCAAAUGUGUUGAAGCGGUUGACUGUUGAAGCUGUUUGUUCCCCCACGACUUCCGAGGCCAUUCAGCCGAAUUGGAGGCGUUGAUUCGACAAAAGACCGAUAGGGGUGCGUACGUCUUGCUUUAAGUAACUUAACUAUACUUGUUUGCAAAAGAAAAGGUGAAUAAAGCGAAAGGUAAAGCUGAAGCCAUAUUAGUUAGAUUGGUUAAUUAAUGCUUUGUUAUGUUGGUGGGAAGAUUCUGCCAAGUGUGUAUGUUGCUAGAUUUAGGUAGUCUUUUAAUUUAAGGGGGGCUAAAAUGUGCCCCUGUAAAUUAGCGAUUCUUAGGUGAAGUUUGUAGAUCUGGGGGUUCUCUAUUCUAGGCCCUUGGAUGGAGUUGAAGCCCUGGUCCCCGGCCUUUUAACCGCUGAGAGGCACUAGGUUAAGCUAUGGUUUCUACUGUUGAAUUGUCAGCGUGAUCGGAUAGUUUGUUUAAAGUAGGGGAAAGCAAAACCCUAGUUUGGUUCAUGUUAGGAGUGGAUCCUAGUGUGGCCUUUUCCUUCCCAUGUGCAGCUCCUUUCUGAUACUUUAAGGGUAAUUCAUAUCCUAUCACUAUUUGAGUUCCUGGUAAAAUUACCUUUUAAGUAGUCUCUGUGUGGUGAUUUUAGCUAAGAGAGAAUGAAGAUGAAUUCACAUAUUCGUUUGUUUUGAAGUUCCAUUCGCAGCUUUCUGCUUCAGUUGGGCAUUUCUCCAGAUGUUCCAAAAUUAGGCGGAGUCAUGUAAUCCAUACAGCUAAAUCCUAUUUAUUGUGGAAGAAAUCAUACUACUACACCAUACGAAGCCCUUUUUUUUUUUUUAUCAAUUUUAGCUCUUUAAUCAUUUCUAUCUAUAAUCAUAUCUUUUGUAAGACCUUAUAAAGAUAUUAUAUCUAAGUCUCCCCAACCAAGUUUUUUUGGGUUUCUCAA